AACGAAGCGAACCUCAUCAUCAUGGCAAGAACCAAACAGACAGCUCGUAAGUCCACCGGUGGAAAAGCCCCGAGGAAGCAGCUCGCUACUAAAGCCGCCCGUAAAAGCGCCCCCGCCACCGGUGGAGUCAAGAAGCCUCAUCGUUACAGGCCCGGUACCGUGGCGCUGAGAGAGAUCCGCCGUUAUCAGAAGUCCACUGAACUGCUGAUUCGCAAACUGCCUUUCCAGCGUCUGGUGAGAGAAAUCGCUCAGGAUUUCAAGACGGAUCUGCGCUUCCAGAGCUCCGCCGUUAUGGCCCUGCAGGAGUCCAGCGAGGCUUAUUUGGUCGGUCUGUUCGAGGACACCAACUUGUGUGCCAUCCAUGCCAAGAGGGUCACCAUCAUGCCCAAAGACAUUCAGCUGGCACGCCGCAUUCGUGGAGAGCGCGCUUAAAUCCACAGCGGCGUCAUUCACAUCAACACCAAAGGCUCUUUUAAGAGCCACUUCAGUUACACUCAACGAGUCUAUUUCCAGUUCAGUUUCAAUCAUUAUUGUUGGUAGUUUAUAAAUCGAUUUGUGUCUGGUAGAUUUUGAAACCGUUAACAUAAACGCAAAGUCAUAUCGAUAUUAUUGUUUAUUUUUUGCUCCACAUUGUUUCUUGAACUUUGUAAAUGUCUGGUUUACUAUAUUCUGAAUGUGCUAUAAUAUAAACCACUAAACAGUACACUUCAUUUUAACAACCUGUUUAAAUGGGUGAACUUCAGAUCUGUGUUGCUGUCAGGUCCUGUAGACAAUGGUAAAAUUUCUGUUUGAAGUCCCAACAAUUGUGUGCUGCUCUUGUGUACUUGUAUUAGAUCACUUAAGUAUUUAAUAAACGUAUUUAAACCGCAAAAUAACAGGUAACUAUAUUCUAAUUAAACCAAACACUGAAGAAUUCAAA